AUGGCAGCUCUACUGAGGAAUCGUCUCCUCAUCUUUAUCUUCACCAUUUUGAUGGUGUCGUAUCUCAUGACAACUGCUUCAGCUGCCCCGUCCGAAAGAGCAGAUGUCCAGUAUGAUGUCGUCAUCUACGGCAACACAGUCGCUGCGAUAGCAGCUGCUGUGCAGACAAAGCGCAUGAAGAAGAGUGUUGCUAUCGUCUUCCCUGGUAACACGCUGGGUGGUCUGACAACAUCGGGUCUUGGAUGGACAGACUCCAAGAAGGGAAGCUCUAUUGGUGGCAUUGCCAGAGAAUUCUACGGCAAAGUCUAUACCUAUUACCAGAAGACCAGCCCAUGGACACAGGAGACACGAGCACAGUAUAUCGCACGAAAGAUUGGAGCCCAGCCCGGUCCUGCUAUUGACGAGAGCAAGAAGGUUCAGUGGACUUUCGAACCCAAGGUUGCAGAGUCCAUUCUUGAGAAGUGGAUGAAGGAUGGAAAGGUCCCCAUCUUCCGCAACCAGCCCAUUGAUCGAUCCAGCAGCGGUGUGACCAAGAAGAAUGGUCAAAUCACCUCUUUUAGAACCACCAAGGGAAGUGUUUUCAAGGGCAAGAUGUUCAUCGAUGCCAGCUACGAGGGUGACCUCAUGGAGGCCGCUGGUAUUUCAUACAGCACUGGACGCGAGAGCACCAGUGACUACAACGAAGAUGCCGCUGGUUUCCGACCCGGCGGCUCUGAUCAACUCUCAAAGGUUGACCCCUGGAAGAAGAAGGGCGAUUCAAGCAGUGGCCUCAUCGAGGGUGUUGGCCGAGUUGUCAAGGAUGCUGUUUCUCUCAAGGGCAAGGGCGAUGACUAUCGUCUUCAAUCUUACAACUUCCGCAUGACUCUCACCAAGCAGACCAACAACAGGAUCCCGUUCACCAAACCUGCCGACUACGUCGAGUCUCGCUAUGAGCUCCUCUUCCGUUACUACGAAUCUGGAUAUACUGGAACACCUUUCACAUCACAGCUCAUGCCCAACAUCAAGACCGACUCUAAUGCUCAGAGUCAAGUCAGCACUGACAUGAUUGGUGCUAACUACGAUGAUGAUGGCAACUACGCUCUCUGGUCUUAUGACAAGCGUAGACAGAUCUACCUCACACACAAGUCUUACACUCAGGGUUUCUUCUGGGCCAUGGCCAACCAUCCCCGUAUUCCCAAGUCUCUGCGUGAUAGAGUCAAUGAAUGGGGAUACGCCAAGGAUGAGUACACCAAGAAUGGCAACUGGCCUUAUGAGAUCUACAUCCGAGAGGGACGUCGCAUGAACGGUGUCUACACCAUGCGCCAAAGUGACAUCCAGACUCCCCCAUCCCGACCAAACCACAGCAUUGGUAUGGGUGCUUAUUCUCUCGAUGUUCACCAAGUCGAGCGAAUCGUCUACAACGGAGAGAUCCGCGACGAGGGCAAAGUCCACAUCGCUACUCCCGGCCCCUUCAACAUUCCUCUCCAGGCUCUUCUCCCCAAGCCUAGCGACGCGACAAACUUCCUCAACCCCGUUACCAUGAGCGCUACUCACAUCGCUUACUCUGCUAUCCGCAUGGAGCCUACGUAUAUGGUUAUGGGCCAGGGUGCUGCUACUGCUGCGUGCCUUGCUAUCGACCAAGGCGUGAACAUUCAAGACGUGGAUAUGUCCACAGUGAUUGCGAGACUCAAGGCCGACAAGGCUGUGCUUUCAUAG